UCAACGGCAGUUCUUCUUCUACCCCCUCUCUUCCUCUCUCCAGCUGCCCGAUAGGCGUGUGCCUAUCGUAGUUGGAGUUGAGCCUCCCAGCUUCGUCUUCAAUCCCUGCUUCGCUUUCAUGGAACUCCAGCUCCGCUCGGCUUAGGGUUUCUCUUCGUCCCGAUUCCCUCGCAUCGUCAUCAUCGAAAGGAUGGGCGUUCUUUCCCUGUCAAACCCCAGCUUCGCAACGCCUUUCCUCGGCCACAAACUUUCGUGCAGUGGAACUUUAGAGAAGCCGGCGUCGUCUUCUGGUGCCAUCGUCAGGACACCAAGAUGUGCCCUUGAAGGUAGUGCUCCAACAUUUCCUCGACUCAAUGUUUGGGAUCCUUAUAAGCGCCUUGGUAUCAGCCGAGAUGCUUCUGAGGAAGAAAUCUGGGGUUCACGGAAUUUCCUCCUACAGCAGUAUUCUGGACAUGAGUGUAGUGAAGAGUCAAUAGAAGCUGCUUUUGAGAAAUUACUGAUGGCAAGCUUUCAGCACAGAAAGAAAACAAAAAUCAAUUUAAAAAGCAGAUUAAAGAAGAAGGUUGAGGAGUCACCACCUUGGGUUCAGAAUCUACUCAAUUUUGUUGAACUUCCUCCAACUGAUGUUAUAUUUAGAAGAUUAUUUCUCUUCGCAUUUAUGGGUGGGUGGAGCAUCAUGAACUCUGCUGAAGGUGGACCAGCAUUUCAGGUGGCAGUCUCUUUGGCAGCUUGCAUAUAUUUCUUGAAUGAGAAGACAAAAAGCUUAGGUAGAGCUUUUGCUAUUGGACUGGGAGGACUUGCAACUGGCUGGGUUUGUGGUUCUGUCCUUGUGCCGAUGAUUCCGACAUUUCUAUACAACCAACCUGGACGCUUGAACUCUUAACAUCGCUAGUGGCAUACGUUUUCUUAUUUCUUGCCUGCACCUUUCUCAAGUGAUGAUGGUCUUAACUAUAGGGGCACUGGAAUUUUGUUGCAUCCAGAAUUUAUCAAGAGACUAAUAUGUAUUGCAAAUUCAAAUGUUUGAAAAUGUUGGACUUCCAUUUCAUGUCCAUCCAUGUACAAUCUCCUUGUUUGUCAGAGAAUAGCAUUGACAAUACUGAUUUCUGGCAGAUGAUGGUCUCCUCAGUUUGUCGCA